AUGAGAGCACAAUCAAUGAAUAUCUAAUUUACUAAUGAAUCUAGACAGUUUUAAACGCAAAGCAAGCAGCAAAGAUAUAUUUAGGAAGACAAAAGCUAAUAGAAUAUAAUCAAAAAAUACCCGAAUUAUGCCUAUGCUUUAACUACCGAAAAUUCAUAUGUUUAAUCAACUGCAAAUAAUCGAUUUGGCUAAGGACUGAUAGCACUUAAAAACAAAAGUGCUAAUAACAAAAGACCUUUUUAGCCUGCUCAAAAGAUGAUAAGCAGUAAUGGGUUUAUCCAUCAAGAUAUGCCGCAGCUUAGCGGGUCAUUUUCACCAAUGAUCUUUGAUACAAAUCAAAGGAUAUUAUAGAAACAACAAAAAUAUCUGGAAUCAAUGCAAGCAAAUAGCAACAUAAUAAUUAAUAAAGGAAAAAUAUAACAAAAUAAUAGAACUAUUAUGCCAGCAGGUACUUUUUAUAGUAGAUAGAACUAAGUUCCUUCUCCACUAUAAAAGAAGUUGAGUAUUUACAAUGAAAAUUCUCUUUAGAGCGAUAACCAAACUCAAGGAAAUGAAAUGAAGAGCUAGAAUUCAAAUAAUAUCAAUGAGUACACUCAAGGAAAGAAUAUAGAAAAUAAUAACAAUUAUUAAAAGUUGAGAGAUGUCAUCCAGUAUGAUAAACUGGAAAAAUUAGGAACUAGUGUGAUAGAUGCAAGUUUAAGAAAGCAGCAACAAGAUAAAAAAAAGCAGUUAGAGUAGUUUCCAAUGAGCAGCAAUACCAACAAAGGAAAAGAUGGUUCUUAGAAUAAUUAAAUAUCGAUAUUCACUCAAAGCAGGAUUAACACAAGUAAUUAAAUUGAGAAUAUUUACCCAGAAGAAGAAGAGUGGGACAUGAUUUAGCUAAGAUAAAUUGGAUAGACAACAAACCAGCAAGAACAGUAGAACCAAGCUGAUUAGAAAAAUGAGCAAAAUUUAUUAAGAUAGUCUUCUCUUGAUUUAGCUGAAAGUAAUAGGAAAUAAGGAUAUAAUUCAAUGGUAAAAAGCAACAUUAUACAAUCAAAUCAAAAUAAUUAGAGAUUUUAGCUAAAUUCGCCUUCACCAGUCUAAUAAAAGGCUUUUCUUUCUCCAUAAAGAAACGAUGAUAAAUUAGCAAAGUCGAUUCAGCAUAAUUAGUAAUUAACUUAAAGUUAAAAGAGUGCUAUGGUAAAGCGCUCGUACUCAGCAGUAAAAAAUUCUACAUAAAUUAAAAAAGAUGAUAUCGUGAACAACAAUAGUAAGAAAAUAAAUCCAAAUGAUUUAAUGAUAUUGAAAAUAAAGGAGCAAUGCACUUAUAAAAAGUAUAUAGAUCCAAUCAGAAUUAAGAAGGAAAAGGCUAAACUCAAGUAAUAAAGCGAAGUAAAAAACAGAAAAAUUAACUUUACAAGCACUAUCACAGCAGGGUACCAUUUAAAAUCAACUUAAGAGGCCUAACCUAAAAUGAAAUCUCUUAAGGAUAGCAUGGUCCCUGAUGACUAGCUUAGCAAUAAUCUUGAUAUACCUGCAGCAAGAUAGUAUGAAGAAGAAGAUGAUGACGAUGAUGAUUCAAUGAUUAUGAGCAAUAAUGAUAUCUCUUUAGAUUUAGACGAUGACGAAGACGAAAGUAAGUAAAUUUCCUCUCCUCUUGGAGGACUUGCUAGCACAUAAGAUUCUAUCUAAAAUAAUAACUCAUAAAAAUCAAAAGUUAGCUUAUUAAAAUCUGUUUAUUAAGGUCGUCCAGCAACUAUUUUCUUUCCAUACCACAAAUCUUGUUAGCAGCCUUAGCCCAGAGACACUUCUCGUGCGAUAUAAAUUUCAGAUUUUGAGACAAAAAAAUUCAAUCUCAAAUACAAAAUUAAUGGAGAGAAUCCAUACAAAUGUGUUGUUAAAGCAUUUGAAGAGGCUGGGUUUGAAAUGACAGAGGAAAAUGAUUGGAAUUGUGUGUGGUCAUUGCCAAAAAAAGACAGAGUGAAAUUUAUGAACUAGUUUUAGAAAUAAAACCACUUUCCUGGUUGCUGGAAUUUAGGAAGAAAAGAUUUUAUGUGGAGAUGCCUGAAUAGAGUUAAGAGAAAAUGCCCUAAGGAAAUGGAUUUUGUGCCUAACACAUAUUUAUUAUGUAACUCAGGAGAUUGGGAUAGAUUUUUAGCUAGGAGAGAUGAAGCAAGUAAAAAUACUUUGUGGAUUUUAAAACCAGCUGAUUAAGCAUGUGGAAGAGGAGUUAAAGUAAUCAGCAAAACGACUAAAGUUAAAAGGAAAUCUAACAGAAUUAUAUGUGAUUACAUAGCUAACCCUCAUCUCAUUAAUGGAUUGAAAUACGAUUUACGUUUAUAUGUUCUAGUAACUAGUUAUGAUCCUCUUAGGAUUUAUCUAUACGAAGAAGGAUUGACCCGUUUUGCUACAGAAAAAUAUAACACAAACACCAAAGAAAUAAGUAAGAGGUUUGUCCAUCUAACAAACUAUAGUGUUAAUAAGCAUGCUAAGAAGUUUGUCAAGAAUACAAAUCCAGAAGCAGAUGGAGAGGGAUCCAAGUGGUCUUUGACAGCUUUAAAAGCAAAAUAUAAACAAAUGGGAAUAAACGUUGACGAAUUAUUUGGAAGAAUUAAGGAUAUAAUAAUAAAAACAUGUAUUUCUGCAGAACCAUAAAUGCUAGAUAUAGUAGCUAAAUCUCAAGAACACAGAACUAAUUGCUUUGAACUUUAUGGGUUUGACAUAUUAAUUGAUUCUUCUCUCAAACCUUGGAUUUUAGAGGUAAAUGUCUGCCCUUCUUUAAGCUCUUCAAGUCCUUUAGAUCGUAAGAUUAAGCACUCAUUGUUGGUUGAUGUGUUAAAUAUUAUUGGCAUUACACCAUAUGAUAAAAAGUAAUUCACAGAAGAUAAAAAGAAUAAUCUUUUUACUCGAGCAUUUAACUCAAUAUCUUCUACAAUGCUUGACUGUAAUGACUCCGAGAAGGUCUCAAACGGCAAGAAGAAUUUUAGUAAAAAUAUAAAUGAUAUUUAAGAUCUUACCUAUGAAAAUUGCCUAGAAAAGCUUUCUCCUGAGAAUUGGGAAGUAUUAUUUGAAACAGAUGAAGAAUUAUACCGCAGAGGGCAUUUUGAGAGAAUUUAUCCCCUACCUUCUAAAGAAAAGCUUGAUUAUUAUUCUCAAUUUUUUGACUUCUAAAGAUUUAAUAAUGUGAUGGUGCAAAAAUGGAUUACUUCAAAAUAAAAUUUUCUAGAAAAAAUACUUAAAAAAAAAUAUUAAACCGUUGUUUGA